GUUUUUCUCUCUCUCUCGAUCGAUGCUCUGUUCUCCAACUCACCCUGUACGUUCCUUCAUUUGAAUCGGAGCCGUUCAUCGCCCUCCCUCUCUCUGGUUCUUGAUUUUCUCCAAUGCACGUCGACGCUCAGAGGCGAACCAUCGGAAACUACGACCUUCGCAGCUCACCAUCGCCUCUCUCCUCCUACCCUCUCUAAAUGGGCGGUGCGUCCUCGCACCUCCGUUUCCCGUUCCACCACCGGAGCUCUGACUCCGAGACAACCGAGCCAAGCGAUGGGGGAAUCAGCUCCCCCCGCCCUGACAACGACCGAGGCUCCUCGACGGUGCGCCUCUCGACGGCCGCCGUGAAGCUGCAGAAGGUGUACCGGAGCUACCGCACCCGGCGCUGGCUCGCGGAUUCCGCCGUCGUCGCCGAGGAGUUCUGGUGGCAAGCGAUAGACUACGCGAGGUUGAAUUACAGCACCGUGUCCUUCUUCAACUUCUCCAAACCGGAAACCGCCGCUUCCCGGUGGAAUCGGAUAUGCUUGAAUGCUUCCAAGGUCGGGAAGGGUUUGUCCACGGACGCGAAAGCACAGAAAUUGGCUUUUCGGCAUUGGGUCGAAGCUAUCGAUCCGAGGCAUCGUUACGGAUAUAAUCUGCAUUUUUACUACGAGGUGUGGUGUAAUUCGGAUGCCGGUCAACCAUUCUUUUACUGGUUGGAUAUCGGAGAAGGCAAGGAUCUUGAUCUCAAGGACUGUCCGAGAUCCAAACUUAGACAGCAGUGCAUCAAGUAUCUAGGACCUCAAGAGCGAGAGGAGUAUGAAUACAUCGUUGCCAAAGGGAAAUUUGUACAUAGGCUGAGUGGACAAUUCCUGGACACAAACAAAGGACCUCCAGGUGCUAAAUGGAUAUUUGUGGUGAGCCCCUCGCAUACAAUUUAUGCUGGUGAGAAAAAGAAAGGAGAAUUUCAUCAUUCCAGCUUUCUCGCCGGAGGAGCCGCAUUGGCUGGGGGAAGGCUAACGGUCGAGCGAGGAAUUCUCAAGUCAAUCUCUGCACACAGUGGACACUACCGACCAACCGCUGAUAGCCUCAAUCGGUUUCUAUCCUUCCUGGAAGAGAAGGGAGUAAAUUUAGAUGAAGUUCAGGUCUUAAAGGAAAAUGUAGAUUCCGAAGUUGAUGAAGACACAAAAUCAAGGGUCGAAAAGGUUUCGGAUGAAGGCCCUCGCAAACCAGAACAUCUAGCAAUCGAAAUUCCGACCAACGCAGAAAAGGUUAUUCUCUUCAAAUCAUCCCGAGAGGCGACCCCUCAAGCAGAAAGCAGUAGCCAAAGGACCUUAUCCGGCGGCCUUCAGAGCCCGGGGACCCCAGUGCCCAGGAAUGCAAUCCUGGAGAGAAUCAACUCAAAGAACGUGACGAGAUCUUACCAACUGGGACACCAGCUCUCCCGUAAAUGGUCGACGGGAGCCGGCCCUAGAAUCGGCUGCGUGGCCGACUAUCCUGUUCAGCUUAGAGAAAAAGCAUUGGAUUUCGUUAAACUAUCCCCUGCAUAUCCAUCUACUCCAAGGGCAAACCACCCCAUUCCGACUCUCAUGAUGACGGCUUCUCCGGCAUCAGGUAUCCAAAGUGGGCUGCAAGCAACUUCGAUAAUCUGAUUAUUCUCAGUGCCCUCUUGUUGUCUUUUGGUGUUGUUUUUUUUUUCAGCUUUGUGAAACAUGAAGCUGUUAAUAGAU